CACUUCUCUCUCAGACACACACACACACACAGCUCGACUGGACCGUUAAGAACAGUUGUUAAGCGUCACUGAAGAGAAGCAGAGUCUCUGAAGAAGUUUCUCUUGAAGUUUUUUUGUCAAAAAGCUUUUACUUUUUAACCAUGGCGUGUGGAGGCAAGGAUUCUGUUGAGAGGAUAGCAGAGGCCCUGAUCAAGAAGGUCGUUGAGGAGGAGCUGGAAGACAUACCCUUAGAGGACGUCCCGUCCCUCACCCCCGAUGCUGUGGAAGUAAAGAAUGAGCAGGAGGAAGAGCGUUUGAAGGAGCUGUGCGCAAUGAUCAGCCAAAUUGGUGACAAAGUAAAGGAUGACAAGGAGAUCCAAGAUGCAAUAGGUGCGCUUGCACAAAUCUUCAAGCAGGGCAGAAUGGAAGGGGCCAAGAAGAAGUUAGAGGCUAUGUUGAAUCAGCUGUUUAACAACAUGUUUCAGGAUGGCAUCACCUGGGAGAAGAUUGCUAGAUUACUCUAUGUUGUUGGCAGUGCGGCAGGCAGAAGGGCAGACAGAAUGGCAGACAGAAUGGCAGACAGAAUGGCAGACAGAAUGGCAGACAGAAUGGUGAUGACUCUGUCUCAGUCAGUGAUGGUGAUCCAGAAUUGGACUGUGGACUUUUUCAAAAAUAAUCUCCUGGGCUGGAUUCUUGAACAAGGAGGAUGGAUCGGCUGUUUGGUUCGGGUAGGAAAUCUCACAGAGGAGGCCUUGUAAUCAUCUUCUUCACCGGCAUAGCUCUCGGAAUCUUCACCAGCUGUUGCCUGACCAGUUGACUCUGACCAGUUGACUCUGACCAGUUGACUCUGACCCGUUGACUCUGAGCUGCACCUUGUUGCCGUGAAGAUGGUUCAAACAAGAACUCUUUUCUCUCUGCUCUUGCACUUGUCUUGCGAGACCCUGCUACACCUUGUUCUGUGCUGAUGGUUUUCUGUGGGGAGAGGCAUUGUUAAAUGAAACCUGAAAAUCAUACAAAAACAUGUUAAUCCUACCGAGUAAUUAACAUUGAUUCACUGAUUUAUCACUUUUUUCCAUCAAAUCAAACUGAAUUAGCUUAAAUAAAAAAUUCCAAUCGUC